AGUUGCGGUACUGCACCUGAAGUUUCGAGUCACGUCGCUGUUUACGGAAACACUUUUACGUCAACACGUGUGUGGACUUGUAGCGUCACUCCAGCUCAGUUUUGUACGUGAAUCUUCGCAUGCCCGCUGUUGUAAGGAACAAAACACCCAGAAGGCUGCCUUUACCGCAUGCACGGAUGUUUCCAAACUGAGAUCCAUCGAGCGAUGAGGACUCUCAUCUGUACCCGCCAUGGAGAAGUAGGAGGAGGGCCGGGCUUCAUUUUGACCGUCUGACGCUGUGGAGCUUGUGCAAAAGUUAUCAGAACAUAAAAGACGAGUCUGCUUUUAGUAACGCACAUGCAAGACGAAGCGGAUUUGUGAUUUGAGGAAAAAUGAUUUUGAGGAGAAUUCAAGCGGGACCCUGCAGAGCGUGGCUGUCUCGGGUGUCACUGAGGCAGGAGUUGUGUUUCUUCUCCUCCGUGCCUUCCCAGCCGGUGCCCCCUCUGGCCCAGACCCUGCAGGGCUACCUGAGGGCUCUGGAGCCCCUGUUGCCACCCGAGGAGCUCAACCACACCCGCAGGAUGGUGCAGGAGUUUGGCAGGCCGGGCGGACUGGGUGCACAGCUGCAGGAGGCGCUGGAGAGGAGAGCCAGACACACCAGGAACUGGAUCUCACCUUGGUGGGUGCAGUGGGCGUACUUGGAGAGCAGACAGCCGUUGCCUGUGCACUCAAACCCGGCCAUCUCUCUGCCCAGGAGAGAUUAUAAUGGCUGGAGGAGCCAGCUAGUGUUUGCAUCCAAACUGAUAGCAGCAGUUCUGGACUUCAAGGCCAAAAUCAACACCGGCCAGCUGCCAGUCGAGUACAUGCGAGGGCAGCCUCUGUGCAUGGAGCUCUACCCGCUCCUCUUCUCCUCCUGCAGGAUCCCGGGUCCCAAACACGACUACAUCGCCCACCACGGCCGCUCCCGCCGCUCGCCGACACACAUCACCGUCGUCAGGAACUACCAGUUCUUCCAGUUGGAGGUUUACAACAGCGACGGGUCCCGCAUGACGGAGAGUCAGAUCCACAGUCAGCUGCUGAGGAUCAGGUCUCAGUCCUGGAAGACGGACAAAGAGCCCAUGGGCAUCCUGACCAGCGAGCACCGCCACACCUGGGGAGAGGCCUACAACCGCCUGCUGAGAGAUAAACUAAACAAGGAAUCAGUACGGCUGAUAGAGACGGGACUUUUCUCCUUGUGUCUGGAUUCUCCAGUCAUGAGGAUAUCAGAUGAGAAGUACGCCAGCCGUAAGGCAGCGCAGGUCCUGCAUGGGGGCGGGACGUUCUCCAACAGUGGAAACCGUUGGUUUGAUAAAACGCUGCAGUUUGUGGUGGGCGAGGACGGCUCAUGGGGUCUCCUGUAUGAGCAAGCCACCGCUGAGGGUCCGCCCAUCGCAACCCUGCUGGAUCACAUCCUGGAGUACUGUGAGAAACCAGACCCAAAGAGAGCCCCGCUGGUCCCUCUGCCGAUGCCCAAGAAGCUCUACUUUCACAUAGACCGAGACAUCAAGAGGGACAUUGAGCACGCCAAGCAGAACCUCGAUAUACUGAUCAACGACCUCGACGUGAACGUGUUCAACUUCAAGAGGUUUGGCAAGGAGCUUCCCAAGCGGCACAAGCUGAGUCCACACUCCUUCAUCCAGGUGGCCCUGCAGCUCGCCUACUACAGAGUCCACAAUGAGGUCUGCGCUGCCUGCGAUAUUGUCUCUCAGAGGGUGUUUCGAGGAGGACGGACGGAGUAUAUCCGCUCGCCCACAAGUCAGACGCUCAAGUUCAUUCUUGCCUUUGAUGAUCCAUCUGUAUCGCGGGAGGCAAAGAUAGAACUGUUCAGAGAAGCCGUCGAUGCUUACGCGGCUCUGACUGAUCAGGCAUUUAAAGGACACGGCAUUGAACGCCACCUGCUGGGCCUCAAGCUGCAGGCCAUCGCUGAAGGACGCAGUAUUCCCAAAAUCUUCAUGGAUACAGCGUACGGCCUGGCAACGCAUUGGAAACUCCGAACAGGGCAGGUGCCUGCUAACACAGACAGCGUGAUGUGUUUCGGGCCCCUCGUUCCCGACGGCUACGCCAUUUGCUACAACCCCCAGGCAGACCACGUCCACUUCUCCAUCACCGCCUUCAACUGCUGCGAGGAGACGCAUGCAGAGACGUUAGCACUCACCCUGAAGGACACGUUGUGUCAGCUACAGGAGCUCCUGCAGCCUACUGUGUAGAGCUGCUCCAGUCCAACAGGUUAAACCCACUCUUCUCCACCUGGGAGAAAAAAAAAACACUAUUUUCUUAUUAUAACAAUUUUUUUGUAAGAGUCUUGAUGAGGUUUGUUUUUCAGGUGCAUGUUCUCUUCUGCAUGCCACGUUGCUCUUCGCGAGAGCAGACCAUAUUGAAGACUGAACACAACGUCUCUGAGGUGCUUUUGUUUCCGUUUUAAAAGCUUUCGAUGAAGCGUUGAGUCACUUUCCUUUUCUAGCAAAAGCUGAGGAAGCAAGCUGCAUCAUAGUCGCUACAAUAUUGCUAAUGCUAGGAUACCUCUGGGCGAAAACAAAGCAAAGUUAAAGCCAGCCUGACACUCCAUUAUUAAUCAGAGCCAGCAAGAAAAAAAGUAUUUAAACCGACUGCACUCCCUUCACCAGCCACCAGGUGACCAGCGGCCUCUUUAGUCCCUUCUACUGAGACUGGGUUUCAUUUGUCGCACUGCCAGCAGGGUUCAAAUGUUUGUAGAACCCAAUGAUAUUGUAGCUUUACACGUCUGUUUGAAGUGGACCAAAAAAAAAAAAACCCAAAAACAGAGAGCUGAUUAUCAGUGGUGACUAUGCAUGUUCAUAUUUACUGUAUUUUGAGAUGAAUGUCAAAAGGCUUUUGCCGCCUCACUGGGGCGUGUUUUUCUGCUCUCGACCUGCAGGACUGGUUAAUAAAGCCUGUUAUCACUUGA